AUGUUACAACAUAUGGAAGAAGCCAAAACAAAUGAACUCGAUGAAGAAUUUGUUGAAGAAGUAGUUAAUGCAGUAAAAUCAAUUUACUCUCAGCUUCCUUUAAAAUACAUAAGUUCUUCCGUUAUGAAAGGAAUAUCAUUUGCAAAAUUCCUAGAAGACGUCGUUGAAUGUAUGAAUAGUUCAGAAACUUCGAUUCUUCUCUCAAUCCCUGACGAAUAUGAAUCCAUCAUAAGGUCUAUUGUGCAAGAGUUAAUAAAAGAAUCUAUAGAGAAAUAUGAAGAAAGAAUGAACAAUCUCAUGAAUGAAGAAGUAAAAUUACCAAUGCUAUGGGAAGAAUUUGAAAAUAUGCAUAAGUACAUUUUGGAAGUUAAUAAAAUAUUUUUUGAAAAAAUAAUUGGAAGCCCUUUACAAAUAGGAAGGUUUUCAGAACAACUAAUUAAAGAAACAUCUAAAUCUAAAGAAGAGUUUGUGAAAAAGAAUUCUAAAGAAUUAAUGCAUUAUAAUGAAAAUAUCACAAAAGAAUUUUGGACAAAACAUGUUGAGACAAGAUUAAAUAAAAAUUUAUUUAAGAAAUCUCCUGAAGCUACUAAAGUAAUUUCUUCAUACAAGAAAAAUCAAUAUCUAUUUGCAAUUAAUCAUAUAACACAAUUAGGAAGAAUAAACGCAGAACUAGCAAAAGCGAUGCAUGCGAGAGAAGAAGCUGAGAGAUUACGACUAGAAGCAUUAGCACGUGAAGAAGUACUUCUUUUAGAAAUUGAAGCAUUGAAGCGUGAAAAAGAAGAAUAUGAAAAGAAUAUAAAUAAUAAGAUAUUAGAAUUACAAACAAAUAUUGAACAACAAAAUAAACCACAAGGAGAAAUGAAACGUCAAUUUAUUGAGGAACAAAAUUCAAUUAUUAAAUUAGUUUAUCAAUCAUUUGAUGAUUUCCCGAAAAAUGAGGAAAUUAAAAAAUUACGGAAAGGAAAUAAUGAAAUAAAAACUAAAAAAAGGAAAGUUUGUUGUUGUAUGUGUGUUAUAGUCUAG